AUGCACAGCAAUCUUAAUUGGCGUCGCAAUGUCGCACUUAUAAUUCGCAGCUAUCCGUUGGGAAAUUUCAAGAUAGCAAUUACAAUGGCUUCUAUCUUAUACAAGUGGGUCAUUAACCGGUUUUUGAAAGAUAACCAGCUUACAAAGUUUGGGGUGGAGGAUCCAUACUAUGAAUACCUUCCUGUGGAUGCUUCAAAAGGUAAGACCACAAAGUACAAGAAGGUUGCCCGAACUAUACCUCGAGGCUUGCUUCAACACGACAUUCAGAUUUUGCUGAGUGUGAAAAGCCAGGCGUACAGAUGUGACAUGUGGUUUAACGCUUUGGGCUUGCGUUUUGGCUUAUCGAGUAUAGUGGGACUCGUUCCGAUCCUUGGUUCAAUCGUGACAACCUUCUGGUCUUUGAAGAUCUUAUACACUGCACGCCAAAUUACUGACGGGCUUCCUCUUGACAUCCAGCUUAUUUUUCUCUUCAACAUUGUCGUGGAUUUUUUACUUUCUCUUAUUCCUUUCGUGGGAGACAUUGUUGAAGUAGGAUACAAGGCCAACCUGAGAAACUUUUUAUUGCUCGAAAAGCAUUUGGAACGCGUGGGCAAGAAGAACAUGGGGCUUAUUCUGGACGACGAGGUGAGACCAGGUUUCAUAAACGACCAAGUCCAGCCAUUUUUGGAUAAGAAGGUCAAGCCGCAAGCUUUGAAGGCCGGGGCCCACGUGAAACAGCUUGUGAAUCGGCAAAUCCACUCUUCUCCAUCCUCACUGGGAAGCAAUGGUUCAGGAAUAACUUCAGAAGCUACAACCCAAAGCACUAUUGCUACCAUUACAGGACUCUUGGACAAACUUGAUGAUGACAAUAGCAGUAUUAAAAGUUUGCACGAAACUAAGAAGCGGGCUCUGGAAAGUGACGAAGACUAA